UUUUGGUUAUAAUUUCAGUCUGAGCAAAGCACGGAUCGCGCGUUGAUACUCCCUCACGCCCGAUCCCCGAUUAGUAGUGUAAGUCUGGUGGUCCCAGCAGGAGAUUGUCCGCAUCCUAUCCCCGGUAGUCGCGUAUAAAGCCUCGUUUGUUCUGGGAAGUGGUGAUUCUAGCCUCAGGACCCACGCAACGGUGUCCUGUUCAAGAAGAUCCAGUGGGAUUCUACGGCCGACAGUGUCGGACAAGGAAUUGAACACCUUAGAGUCAGCCUUGACUAGUUCCGAGUGCGUGCGUUUCAUUGCUUAGUGAACCUUCGACGUGGAAACACCACCGCCUUUUUUUGUUGCCGAUACUAGGCUACCUACGGCGGUGUCACGCAUGGAUUGGUCCAGUUCCGUGAAAGAAAAAAAAAGCAAACGCCCAUUAGCUCAUGCAGCUCAAGUGUACUCUGCUGAAUUCUCACUUUCGGAUUAACACAACGGUUUUCGCCAUUUGAUGGUUUUUCCCUCGGCUUCGGAGUGCGAAGAAAAUACAUUCGAGAUAAAUAUAGCUCAAAAAAAAAAGCUAGCUAGCUUGGGGGUGCCUGGCAUUGAAAGUUGAAGGCGAAUUCUUCUCAAGUGUAAUACUAUUACUCAUUGUUGGUGUGUCAAAAGUGAUGAAAAUGGUGGCCAUAGACUGGCGAAAUAGUGCAAACAUGCUAGCCUUCGGUGCGAUAUUGAUCCUGUGUGUCUUCCAAGUGGAUGCCGUUCGAGUGACGCAGCAACAGCCGACCGCUUCCCGGCGAAUAACAGCCGACAAAUCAGCGCCGCUAGCUGAUCAGACGCCUGCAUCUUCCUGGUGGCAGCCCCAAAUUACCGAUUUGCCAAUAGCGAAAAAUUUCUUCCAGGCCACCCACGGUCUGGUUCAAACCCAUCCUUCGAUUCAGAAGGGAAGCCUGAAGGCUUCACCGCUGGUAGGCAAACCGGUGCUCUCCAGUGGAUUCCCAUCGAUCGCUAACCCAAAUCCACGAUCACCCUUCCGCCAUUUGGACUUCAGCAGCAGUGCGACCGCCGAACUGAGGCGCAACCCAAGCCUGUCCGCUCCGGAUGAAUGUGCCCGAGCAUGCCGAGAGGGAGAACCAGCUAGGAUCUGCUACUAUCAUUUCACCGUGGAGUACUACACCGUGUUGGGAGCCGCGUGCCAGAUCUGUACGCCGAAUGCUACCAACACCGUGUGGAGUCACUGUCAGUGCGUUUUGGCCGAUGGUGUCGAACGAGGAAUCCUGACCGCGAAUCGUAUGAUCCCUGGUCCCAGUAUUCAAGUAUGCGAAAACGACAGAGUUGUUAUCGACGUUGAAAACCACAUGGAAGGUAUGGAAUUGACCAUUCACUGGCACGGUAUCUGGCAGCGAGGAACACAGUACUAUGACGGCGUACCGUUUGUGACACAGUGCCCUAUCCAGCAGGGCAAUACGUUCAGAUAUCAGUGGACUGGUAAUGCCGGUACUCACUUCUGGCACGCUCAUACAGGUCUGCAGAAAAUGGACGGCCUCUAUGGAAGUGUUAUUGUACGCCAACCGCCAUCCCGUGAUCCCAACUCGCAUCUGUACGACUUCGAUUUGACCACGCACAUUAUGUUGGUAAGCGAUUGGCUUCACGAGGAUGCCGCUGAACGAUAUCCGGGCCGUCUGGCUGUCAACACCGGUCAGGAUCCCGAAUCGCUGCUGAUCAACGGCAAGGGACAGUUCCGGGACCCGAACACCGGCUUCAUGACCAAUACUCCGCUGGAAAUAUUCACCAUCACUCCCGGCAGACGGUAUCGAUUCCGUAUGAUCAAUGCAUUCGCCUCCGUUUGCCCAGCACAAAUCACCAUUGAGGGACACACCUUAACGGUCAUCGCCACCGACGGAGAACCAGUGCAGCCCGUGCAAGUCAACACCAUAAUUUCGUUCUCAGGUGAACGUUACGACUUCGUAAUCAACGCUGACCAAGCCGUCGGUGCCUACUGGAUUCAACUGCGUGGUCUCGGAGAGUGCGGUAUUAAGCGGGCCCAACAGUUGGGUAUCCUUCGUUACGCCCGUGGCCCAUAUCAGCCUGCAUCGCCACCACCCACCUACGAUGUCGGUCUACCGCAAGGAGUGGUCAUGAAUCCACUGGAUGCCCAAUGCAACAUGCAACGUGACGAUGCAAUUUGCGUGAGUCAACUGAAGAACGCUAAGGAAGUUGAUCGAGCACUGCUUCAGGAGAAACCGGACGUCAAGAUUUUCCUGCCCUUCCGGUUCUAUCUGUACCGACCGGAAGAACUAUUCCAACCCAACACGUACAAUAGAUUCUUGGUUGCCCCCACCGGAGACCACGUCAUCUCGCUGAUAGAUGAAAUCUCGUACCUAUCUGCUCCUGCACCGUUACUGUCACAGUACGAUGAUAUUAAUCCGGAACAGUUCUGCAACGGAGAUAACCGGCCAGCCGAUUGUGGUGCUAACUGUAUGUGCACUCACAAGGUCGACAUUCCACUGAAUGCCAUUGUUGAAGUCGUGUUGGUAGAUGAAGUCCAACAACCGAAUCUGAGUCAUCCGUUCCAUUUGCACGGUUACGCAUACAAUGUGAUCGGUAUCGGGCGCUCGCCGGAUUCCACUGUGAAGAAAAUCAACUUGAAACAUGCCCUUGACCUAGAUCGUCGUGGUUUGCUACACCGACAGUUCCAGCUUCCGCCACUGAAGGACACCAUUGCUGUGCCGAACAAUGGCUACGUGGUUCUCCGAUUCCGUGCUGACAAUCCCGGUUUCUGGCUGUUCCACUGUCAUUUCCUGUUCCACAUCGUGAUAGGCAUGAACCUGAUUCUUCAGGUUGGCACACUACAGGAUCUGCCUCCGGUACCGCCGAACUUCCCAACCUGCGGCGAUCACUUACCGCCGAUACAGUAGAGAACUUUUUGCGCGCAAACAAACCUCCAAAACACUAGCUCCAACGAUGCACAAAUAGCACAAACUUUUCGGCUACAAUUGAUUACUGACGAACCAGGAAAGGACACCCACUAGUCUGAGUUAAGCCAACGCGCUUCAGUAGUAGUAGUAGUUAGCUUCGUAUUGCUCGAAAACAGUCCGAAAAGUGAACUGACUACGUUGUGCACCCCAAAACAAAAAUCUGAAUUUAGUUCUCCGGGAGAGAAAGAGAAAGAUGAACGAGAUGAUUUUAUUCUACGAUAAUUUUUAUUUUUUUCAGAAAAAAAAUACUAUUCCUUAGCGUUAGUUGCGAGAAACUGAGAAUACUCCCUGAAAAAAAGUACCAAUAUGCCGACAGUGCUUUGUUUAGAUUUGUAGGCAGAGAUUUUUGUUUUAAUUUAUGUAGCAUUUUCAUGUAUAAGUAAAUUAAUUUGUAGUUAGGAAAUCGACACACGGCGCAAAACCUUAGGUCUUGCAGAAACCAUAGACAAACGAAUAGGUUAACUGCGCGCAUACGUCGUCGUCGUUUGCUAUUUGAUUUAAGUUUAGAUCAAUUCAUAUCGUGCUUACUAAUUUUAUCAUUCAUUACAGAUCGAGUUUGGCAACAUUCGCGAGAUCUAACGGGAAAAGGGGUUGCUCAUUCUAUUUCCCUAUCUUAAUCUAACCUGAUUUAUUUCACCGAUCAAAGUGUGCCACCAUAUUUAUUUACUGUUUUAUUUGUUUUUGUUUACGUGAAUCAGAUCCAAACGUACUCGAAGAGUAUAGCGAAAAAUUGUAAAUAUUCAUAAUACUCAAUCAAAAUCAUACUGUUUCUAUACUAAUAAGAUACUUGCAUUAUUCUGUCAUCAAAAUUCACCCACAGCCAUCCCACUCAAAGAGCUACGAACACUCUUAAACUGUACAAAACCUGCACUGCCUGUCUUGAAGCACCCUCCUCAAUAUGAUUCUCUUCUAAAGAAUUUAAAAAAAGAAGAAACAACAAACAAACAACCAUUAACUUUAUGUCCCGAAAGUUUCCCGUUCUGACAGCUCUAGCAGAACAUUAUGCUAACACCGCCAUCAUUGGCUGAUACCCCUCCCAAUCAACUGAGAUAGGCAACAAGUAUUAGCGUGAGGACUAUGUAAUUCGAAUGCUAAUAAUGCCCAUUUCCAUUUCCUCUCCCUAUGAACUACACCAUUCAUUUACUCGUCUUUCGACUUUCCACAACCUGAUCAUCACUAACAAAUGAAGAAUAAUGUAAAAAAAUGUUCGAAAUUUAUUGUUUAACUAUAGCAGAAUCUACCUUCGAUUGAACCUCCUGAAUUUCCGAGGGAACAUUUACCUGCCACAGAUUGUGCUGAAACAAUACUGCCGAAAACGCCGUAGACUCAAAAAGGUGUCCAAUUUACUAAGCUAUAAAUCGAGUCGCCACUUUUUUGUGUACUACCAAAAAUCGAUUAAACUAUGUAUAAAAAAAAUUGUGUAUAUAAAAAUA